AUGGUGACACAGGGACUGCUGCUGCUUGGAGGCAUCGCCGGGGCCGCGAGAUCGCUGCCGUCUUUUGUUGCCGCCAGCGUCAGCGCCGCUUGGGACCCGACAAACGCCGACGCCGUCGCUGCUGUUGGGGAGAUAACCGCAACGGCAGCGCUGGAGCACAUGAAGCGGGUGAUGCUGGCGGAGCGUACCGGCCGCAUGAUCCUUAAGAACCAACCUUGUGUAACGGAUGACGUCCUGGAGCGCGCCAGCCGGCAGCCGCCAGGAACCUUCGGGCAUCGCUACGCGCUGUACAUGAAUCACAAUCACUUCCGUCCAAGUGGUCGUACCCCUGUCACCCGCGUCGCGGACCCAACGCUUGCGUACGUCAUGCGGCGCUACCGCGAGACACACGACUUUUUGCACACGUGCACUGGCUGUGGACGCACCGUCGAGGAGGAACUGGCCAUAAAACUGCUGGAGUGGCGCCACACAGGCAUUCCGCUUGGUCUUCUAGCGGUGCUUGGGGGCAUGCCCUCGCUUAAUAGACAACAGAUUAAAAACAUGGCUCUUUACCGCAAAUGGGCUGAGAUCAAUGCACCCAAUCAGUGUCACGGGCAACGAUACAUUCCCUGCAUGCUCAAUGUCUGGUGGGAGUCAUACAUCGAUAGGUCCCUUGAGGAACUUUUAGAGGAUGUUGGUAUUACACCGAUUGAUGUUUUUCUCCGAGAGCGACAGGAUGAAACUGUCUAG